AGUAAAGUAAUUUUCAGCACUAGUACAAACAGUGCUGAUGACUCUGCGGAUGCUUGUUUUAUUAAAUACUUGAACUGUCUUCAGUUUUACAUGGCUGCAACUAUUGCUACUGGUUUGAGCCAAGGAAGGGUGCUUCUUUUCUCUAAAAACAAUCUUUUUCUCCCUAAGGGUGUGAUCCUCUAAAAACUUGGUCUUGUGCAUAACUAUAAAUAGUUUGAUUGAAAUAAAACAUAAAGUUAUUAUCUGUGUGGACCUUUUACCAGAAGGAUUGAGAACUGUUCUAGUUGGAGUUGAUUAGAAUUCAACAUAAAACUUCACCCACUGAUUCCUGAACAAAGCCCCGUGAGCUGUUUUUGAGCUAAAAUAUAUUCCUUAGAUAGAUACCAGAUUUAACAUUUAGAAUUAUAGGAUAUUUCAGGUUGGAAGGGAUCUCAGGAGGUCUCUGAUCCAAUCUCCUGCUCAAAACAGGGUCACCUAAGGUCAGACCAGGCAGCUUAUCUGGCUUUAUCUAGUUGUGUUGAAAACCUCCCCAGAUGGCAAGUGACUGCACAGCCUUUCCAGGUAGCCUGUUGCACUGCUUGACUGGCCUUUCACUUCCAUGGUGAAAAGGUUUUUCCUUUUAUCCAGUUUGAAGUGCUCAUUUCAAUUUAUACCUGUUGUCUCUUGUCAGCCCACCAUGCAAUGCUGCGAAGAGCCUGGCUCCCUCUUCCUGUUAACCUCCUCAUAGGUAUUGACAGGCUGCUCUUUGGUCCCCCUGGAACCAUCCCUUCUCCAGGCUGAACAAGCUCAUCUCUCUCAGCCUCUCCUCACAGAGCUGGUGCUGUAGUCCUUGACCAUUCUGGUGGCCUUCCACCCUCACUCCAGUUAAUCAAAGUCCUUUCUUUAAUUAUUGUUAAUACUGAGAAUGCUCAGAACUGGACACGAUAUUCUAGAUGUGGUCUGAGAAAUGCUAACAAAGCAGAAGAAUCGCUUUGAUCAACUGGCCAGAGUUCUGUUAAUGUAGCCCAUGAGGCUGUUGCCUCUUCUGCUUCCAGGACACACUGAUGCCUUGCGUUCAGCUUGCUGUCUGCCCAAACUCUCAGGUCAUUUUCCGCAGAGCUGCUCCCAAGCCACUCUGUCACCAGUCUGAACCAUUGCAGGGGUUCUUCCUUCCCAGGUGCAGGACCUUGCAUUUUUCCUGUUGAAUAUCAUAAGGUUUCUGUUUCCCCAUUUCUCCAGCCUGUCUAGGUCCUUCUGGAUGGCAGCUCUGCUCUUGAGUAUAUUGCCUCAUCCCUCUGGUUUGGUGGCAUCUGCAAGCUUGAUGAAAGUGUGCUUUGUUGCUGCCUGCAGGCUGUGUCUGGUUUCCAAAGAAUUUUGUCUACAUUAACUCUUGCAAUAUUUCCCACACUUUAUUUUUUUACGUUCCUUUAUUAUACGGACCCAGGAUCAGUAUUUUUUACUCUCUUUUCAUAUUUAAUGUGCCUUUAUGGUAACCAUAAAACUUCAGCUCUGCUUGGAUUUUGUGGCUUCAUGUUUCGUCAGACAAAUAUUGUAUGGACAGUUUUUUGCGCAGGAAAUGUUGUUGCAGAAAAGCUAAAUGAAGCCUGGAAGACAGAGUUAGUGAAAAAGAAAGAUGAAAAGAUUUCUUCCAUGAAAGGAUCAUUUUCAGAUCUGGUCAGAAUAUUACAGUUUCUUACUGAAUACCUCAUCUCACCUCAAAACUUAAUUACACUUAUUGCUUUAACUUGGCCAUACAUCAUAUUAGUAAUUGUGUUCUUUGCUUUUGUAUUCAUCAAUGGUGGAAUAGUUGUUGGUGACAGAAGUAGCCAUGAAGCCUGUUUGCAUUUUCCUCAGCUCUUCUAUUUUCUGUCGUUUACUCUCUUUUUUUCCUUCCCCCAUUUAUUGACCCCUAGUAAAAUCAGGAAAUUCCUUCUGACCUUACGGAAGCACCCUGUGCAGUACAGCUUAGUUGCUGUCAUCUCUUUGUUCCUGAUCUGGAAAUUUACCUAUGUUCAUAAGUAUUUACUAGCAGAUAACAGACAUUAUACAUUCUAUGUCUGGAGAAAAGUCUUCCAAAGACAUGAACUUGUAAAAUACAUGUUAGUUCCAGUCUAUAUAUUUACUGGAUGGAGUUUUGCUGAUACCUUGAAAUCAAAAUCAAUAUUCUGGAUUUUAGUGUAUUUUUUUUGUUUAUUUGCUGUUACAGUUCCUCAAAAGUUACUAGAAUUUCGUUACUUUAUUUUGCCAUAUUUAAUAUAUAGACUCAAUAUUCCAUUUCCAUCUCUCUGUAAACAACUUCUUGAGCUGGCUUUUUAUAUUUUUGUGAAUGUAACAACCUUUUAUCUUUUUCUAAACAAAACAUUCCAGUGGCCAAAUAGUGAAGAAGUACAGAGGUUUAUGUGGUGAUCUUUUUUCUUCUUUUUUCUUUCUUUCUUUUUCUUUUUUGGAACCUUUACACCCCUAGGAAAACCCAGUUCUGUUUCAGGACUAUAAAACACUGGAAUAAAGUAGUGUGCAUUACAUUAUGUAUUUUUUUCCCCCAUGGGUAUCAGGGAAAGAAAGAAAGAAAGAAAGAAAGAAAUUGGUUGCUUAUAUUCUUGGAACUGAAUGAGAGAUCUGAUAUGUGAAGAUACUUGAUUUGUUGAAUUUGUGAGGUCCUGGAUUAAAUUCAGAACUAGGGAAAUCUUGGAAAACCUUUUUGUAAUUAAUGUGAAAUGAGGGAGAUGUUUACAACCGCAUUUCAUGAUAAUAAUAUAUUCUAUAACAUACUUUUGAAGGUAUGGCAGUUUGUAAGUAUGUUUUGGGAGUUUGCUUUAAAAUAAAGUAUAUAAGUGUUUAACCUU